CGCUAGUAUAUAAACGAUAAAGAAAACCCUAGCCCUCCUUCUCUUCUUCCUCUAAUUGCUUUUCUCCGUCACUGAGCGCCCUGCCUCUCGAGCUGCCAAACUAAGAGGCUUGAGCUAAGGAGAAAAUGGUGAGAAUCAGUGUUCUAAACGAUGCUCUGAAGAGCAUGUACAAUGCCGAGAAACGAGGCAAGAGGCAGGUCAUGAUCAGGCCGUCUUCAAAAGUGAUUAUCAAGUUUCUUAUGGUCAUGCAGAAGCACGGUUACAUCGGUGAGUUUGAGUAUGUCGAUGACCAUCGAUCUGGGAAAAUCGUCGUCGAAUUAAACGGAAGGUUGAACAAGUGUGGCGUUAUCAGCCCUCGUUUUGAUGUUGGUGUCAAGGAGAUUGAAGGUUGGACUGCCCGUUUGCUUCCUUCCAGACAGUUUGGGUACAUCGUGCUGACUACUUCCGCGGGCAUUAUGGACCAUGAAGAAGCCAGGAGAAAGAAUGCCGGAGGCAAGGUUCUCGGCUUCUUCUACUGAAAAUUUUAUUGUGGGAAAUGACGUUUAUUCCGUUAUUUUUUAACUUUUUCCCUCCAUUUCUUCUGAAACUUCCUUUGUUUUUCUUUCGAAUUUUGUGUUAACUUUGUCGGAUAGUUCUUGAAUUUACUCUUUUUGCUGUCGAGUUCUUAAAAGAUUCGUUUGGAUUUCAAGUACUCUCUCGUUAUACUCA